GAAGAGAGAAGAAGAAAGUGGUUACGUAGUCGUGCUUUGGAUUCGUCCGUUCCACAUUUCUUGUUGUUGUUGACAUGGCUCAAAGCGUGCCUGUUACAUCGUAAAAUGAAGACAUUUUAGGAUUUAUCUUGAUUAAAUUUGUUAUUUUUGGUAUUACUAUGGACUAGCUUGGAAUCAUGGUUGUGAAUUCAGUGCAUUGGUUUCGUAAGGGACUGCGGUUACACGAUAAUCCGGCUUUACAGGAAGCUCUAAAUGGCACGGACACUGUGCGAUGUGUUUAUAUUUUGGAUCCGUGGUUUGCUGGUUCCGCCAACGUCGGCAUCAACAGAUGGAGGUUUCUGCUGGAGUCUUUAGAGGACCUGGACAGCAGUUUGAGGAAGCUGGAUUCUAGGCUGUUUGUGGUGCGAGGCCAACCUGCUAACGUGUUUCCCAGUCUCUUUAAGGAGUGGAACGUCACCCGGUUGACCUUUGAGUAUGACUCUGAGCCCUAUGGGAAGGAGAGAGAUGGAGCCAUCAUUAAAAUGGCCCAGGAGUUUGGAGUGGAGACCAUCGUGAGGAAUUCUCACACACUCUACAACUUGGACAGGAUCAUUGAGAUGAACAACUGCCCUCCACUCGCGAUCAAGAAUCACCCGAUCGUUGAGAUGAACAACGGCAGUCCUCCGCUGACCUUCAAGAGGUUCCAGGCCUUAGUGAACAGGCUAGAGCUGCCUAUGAAUCCCCUGCCCACCAUCACACAAGAACAGAUGGGCAGUUGUCGGACGAAGAUCGCUGAAAACCACGACGAACACUACAGUGUCCCCUCUCUGGAAGAGCUUGGAUUCAAGACUCAAGGCCUGGACCCUGCGGUGUGGAAGGGAGGGGAGUCUGAAGCACUAGAGAGACUCAACAAACACUUAGACAGAAAAGCCUGGGUAGCUAGCUUUGAGCGAGCCAGGAUCAACAUGUGUUCGCUGAUCGCCAGUCCCACGGGCCUCAGCCCCUAUCUACGCUUUGGAUGCUUAUCAUGUCGAGUCUUCUACUACAACCUGAGGGAACUCUACAUGAAGUUGCGGAAGAAUUGCAGUCCCCCGCUCUCUUUAUUCGGCCAGCUCCUGUGGAGAGAAUUCUUCUAUGCAGCGGGAACCAACAACCCUAACUUCGACCGGAUGGAGGGAAACCCCAUCUGUGUUCAGAUCCCCUGGGACCAUAACCCUGAGGCCCUGGCCAAGUGGGCAGAGGGGAGCACAGGCUUCCCCUGGAUAGACGCUAUCAUGACCCAGCUGAGGCAGGAGGGCUGGAUCCACCACCUGGCCAGACACGCUGUGGCCUGCUUCCUGACUCGGGGAGACCUGUGGAUAAGCUGGGAGAGUGGCAUGAGGGUGUUUGAGGAGCUGCUCCUGGAUGCAGACUGGAGUGUGAACGCAGGCAGCUGGAUGUGGCUAUCCUGCAGUGCCUUCUUCCAGCAGUUCUUCCACUGUUACUGCCCUGUGGGCUUCGGAAGGAGGACAGACCCCAGCGGAGACUACAUCAGGCGCUACAUUCCUAAGUUGAAGGACUAUCCCAACCGAUACAUCUAUGAGCCGUGGAGAGCCCCAGAGUCUGUCCAGAAGGCAGCCAACUGCAUCGUGGGAGUAGACUACCCCAAGCCCAUAAUCAACCACACAGAGGGCAGCAGGCUCAACAUAGAGAGAAUGAAGCAGGUCUACCAGCAACUCUCCCACUACAGAGGCCUCAGUCUCCUGGCAUCUGUGCCCACCAUUCAGGAAGAGGCGGAGCCUCCCCCGACAGACGACUCUCAGGCCAGUAGCAGCACCUGUGAGUCACCCCCACACACCUCGUCUGCCCAGUCCAACACUCUGAAGAGAGGCAGGCCUUCCGAACCACAAAGCACCCAGACGUGCACCCACACAAAACAGCAGCACACCAGCACUGUCAAAGGAGACCAGGAGCAGCAACAGGAGCAAUGGGAGGAACAGUCAGAGCAUCAGCCAGUGGAUCUGCAGUGACACACGGAUCUUGCCAUGUGGGAUGGUGUAUGACAGAAGGACAUGGCAGAAGACUUCUGAUGUCCUGCGCUCACCCCUAUCCUUGUGGCAAGACUAGUCACUUACAUAUAUGCACACACACACACACACACACACACACACACACACACACACACACACACAGAGCGUUUUUACAAACCAUAACCACUUUAUAAAAUCUAAGAAUAACAGCAACUCCAGAUCAGUGUUAAAAACAGUACCAUACUGGCUAAUAAUGUAUGUGUAUACAGCAAGGUUACAAUGAGUUUGUUAUAAGAAGGUUAGUGCUUACACCUUUCAGCUUUCCUAAUCUAGCAUUUAAAAAAUUCAAAACAUUUACCACAACAUUUUAUUAGUAAGACUGCAAUAGACCCUCAAAGAUACUAACCUUAGAGUUAAGAACUCACCGGGCAGUCUCAACCUGGGGAAAAUGUUUUAAAUCUCCAAAAAAUAAACGCAUAAUAACAAAACACAUGCAUGUAAAUACGCAGGUCAUGUGGUCUAUAAAGAUUUGAUAGGAUUUUUAUGUGCAUUUCAAAGAUGUUGAUAUGUGUUGUGAACAACCUCCAUUCUCAACAUGUUCGUGUCUCUGGUUCCACUGUCCAUAUAUCUGUUUGCUAUUUUGCUGUAUGUUAUUUUGACUUCUAUCACAAUGACGUGAUUGGUCUGUAAACUAAUAUUUUGCCUGUGGCAGAGAAUAUAUAUUAUCAAUCAGUGAAAUAACCAAAAAAAUGUUGGUGCCCUUCAUUAAAACUAUAGAGAAUCACAUUCUAUCAAACCUUACUGGAAUUGAACGGCACCCAGCUGUUUCUACCCACCAUGGGUAGUGAGGCUGCGACCACACACGGAUGAAAAAUGCAUAUGCAUUCGUCACUGUCCGUUCACCUCAUUUAAACUUCUCACAUAAGUUGCUUAUGUAAAAUAAAUGUACGGACAAAACUGCUGAUAGACAUUUCUCAUUUCUGUAGCACAUCAACCUACAGAAAGUCCUUUUGGCUCAAUAUGUUUUAGAUUUUGUGAAUCCAUCGAUCGGACUUCAACACUACAACACUAUAGUUAAUGAUAAUGCUGUCUACUAAUACAAUAAUUGUAACGACCUGGGUGUCGGGGGGGUGCGAAGUCAAACGCAGGAGACAGCAGAGCUUCAAUAAGUUGAGUCUUUAAUCCCCAACUGUCCAACACAAAUGUCCAACACGGACGAACUGGGUGAACAUACACUACGGUCCAACGACACGAGCAACAAUCCCAGUCCACAAAUACAAUCUCCACUCCCGAAAUCCAAAAGGUAUACAAAGUAACAAUCCCGCACAAAGACGCCUACGGGCUGGCUGACAAAUAAAGCCAUACUAAUUACCCACUUAACUGAACACAGGUGUAACAAAUAAACACAUAAGGAGGGGGGAGGAAAAAGAGUCAGUGGCAGCUAGUAGGCUGGUGACGACGACCGCCGAGCGCCACCCGAACGGGAAGGAGAGCCUGCCUCGGUUGAAGUCGUGACAAUAAUGACUUGUUUCAAUUAAAUACCAUUUGUUUAAAGGAUGUAUAUUAGUUCCUGCUAUAUUCUGUGUUUAUCAGCCUUGUGUAUCUCUUUCUUUUUUAUAUAUGAUGGUUAAAUAUAUCUUUGUCAAAACAAACAUGACUUUCCCUAAAACCUUGGUAGCGUUAAGAUCAUUUUAAGUCCCUUGGUAGGCAAUUUGAGGAACAAUGAUCUUGGUGCUACACACAUUUUGGGAAACUCUCCCCAGUGUCGUGGAACUACGCAGAAGGGGAACGAGUUGAGUAGGAAAUAUUAACCGAGACAAACUCCAUUUAUAUUUUCCAUUAACAGUCACCAUCUUCUAAUCGUUUGUCAGUCACCAAAUAUUGUACAUCCCAAGCAAAAGUGUACGUUCACUAUAAUUUAAGUUGCCAUGAUGAUGAGUUUUUUUUGAAUAGUUGUAUUUAUUUGUUUUGAAUUGUACAAAGGAGUUUAUUUUCAUUAAAGCGCUGAUAGAAUUGUGACCCAUUGUUUUAUGGACCUUACUAUCACAUUGUGGAAUUCACUAUUGUAAUGAUGACAAUAACUGUAGAAGAUGUAGUUUGUAAUAAAUGUCAUUGCGUUUUAUAUUUACUGAUAGAUGGAUACAGCCCUUUUUCUUGAGGUUAUGUCAUUUAGCCUUCAGACUGGAGGGCCAUAUGCAGUAGGUUGACACAGGAAUAUACUGGAGGUUAGGUAUCUGGUAGACAGGAUCGUAUUGAAUCUAAGGUCUAGGACUGGGAGAACUAUUGUCGGCUGAUCAUAUCUAUUAAUUGAUGCAACAAAUAAAAAUUCACUCCAACAACC